AUUGCCACGGCGACCCACUCCCUUUCUUCUCCGUUCACUGCAGCUCUCCUUUGCCGUUGUCGCAAGCAUGUUGUCGACAACAAGGUCUGCGGCCUCAAUGGCGCUACGAGCCAAACCCUCAACGACCCUGGUCGCAUAUCGCGCGGGCACCGCUGCCUUCAUAUCGUCUACCUCGCCUAACUCCGCUACGCCAUCGCAGAAAUCUGGUCUCACUACCGGUGGACCAGGCACUCCGCUCCCAAUGAGCAAGAUGCAGACCGAUAUACCAUUGCCGAGUCAGCAGCCAAAGAAGGGAGCCAUGCAAUACGCUUUGACCACACUCGACCAAAUCGCCAACUGGGCCCGCCAAAGCUCACUCUGGCCGAUGACUUUUGGUCUCGCCUGCUGCGCCGUCGAAAUGAUGCACCUUUCUGCACCUCGCUACGACCAAGAUCGACUCGGAAUAAUCUUCCGUGCUUCCCCUCGACAGUCAGACGUCAUGAUUGUGGCGGGAACUCUCACCAACAAGAUGGCCCCGGCGCUACGACAAGUUUACGACCAGAUGCCUGAUCCUCGGUGGGUUAUUUCAAUGGGCAGCUGCGCGAACGGCGGUGGUUACUACCACUACAGUUACUCGGUCACAAGAGGGUGCGACAGGAUCGUGCCGGUGGAUAUUUACGUUCCGGGAUGCCCUCCUACGUCAGAAGCGCUGAUGUAUGGCAUCUUCCAGCUACAGAAGAAGAUGAGACAUACGAAGAUCACAAGGAUGUGGUAUAGGAAGUAGAUGAAUCCGGUGGUUUAGUCAACAGUGUUUACUAACCCGAUGAGUUAUUGGAAAGCUCACACCUGUACAAAUUGAUCUUUACAUAGUUCAUUCUAAAGUUCUCGGUCUCGUUUGACAAGGCCCAAUCAUUAUCGGCC